CCACCAGCUUGCUUUCGCGGAGCCCCUCCGCCUCGGAAGGCCCCGUGGGCCCACGCCAGCAACCCCAGCGCCCGGCGGAAGGGCCAUGGUGGCCGCUGCCCCCGCUGCAGCCGCGGCCAUGAGGAAGGGCUUCCUGGUGCCCGAGAUCAAGCCUCUGGAUCAGUACGACUUCGCCCGGGCGCGCAGCGCGGCUGGCCUGGCCUGGGUUCUGGCCAAGGGAUACGGGGGCGCAGAGCAUGUCCCAGCUGAGUUACGUGAACCCUUCUACACAGACCAGUAUGAACAGGAGCACAUGAAACCUCCCCUCAUCCGCCUCUUGCUUUCAUCUGAUAUCUACUGCCGUGCCUGGCGCCAGGUCUUGCCCCCGGGCCCCGAUGGCAACCCAUCUCCCAAGGAUAAUGCUGCUUUGCUGCAACUUUUGACCCGUCGUGGCUUGGUGCCCACCUUCCAAGACAAGCCUGUAAAGGAAGCAGACCUGCAUCACAAACCAAUCAGGCUGGGUGCACACUUGGCACUAAUUGACUCACUGAUGACCGCGUAUGCUGUGGAAGCCACCAGCUCCUUGAGUGUUGCACCGGGUACUGAUCCAGCUGCCAUCUCCUGGGACCAGAAACUUCUGCAUUGGAUAGAUGUGAUCAUCCACAAGAUACAACAACAUGUUGAACAGGAAUGUUCCCAGCGAUCUGCUCCUGGGACAGAUGGCCAGAGCCAGGCAUGCAGUAGCGGUCCCAAGUGUCCCACAAGGUGGUACUGGAAACUGGUUCCUCAUGCCAUCGCUUUUUGUUUGAAGGAGUCGGGGAAUAAGCCUCCUGUGAUCCGCUAUCGGAAAGACAAAGCCCUGCCCAAACAGACUCCCUGUUUCCCCCCCAUUGCGGGCAUGAAGGACCUCUCCAGCGGAGGCGCUGUUGCAGCCACUAUCCACUACUACUGUCCUCAAGUCAUACGCCUUGAGGAUGUAUGCCUGAAGGAAACAAUGUCUGUGGCAGACAGCCUAUAUAACCUGCAGCUAAUCCAAGGCUUCUCUUCAGACUACUUGGGUGGUGCCUGUUUCCUCUCUUUGGAAGACUUGCUCUACAUGCCACCUGCGCUGAGGAUAAAUGUGGGAGUGUUCUUGGCAGAGUUGUUUCUGUGCUUCGAGGUACUUAAGCCAGACUUCGUGCACCCAAAGGAACUGCCUGGACUUCAAGAUUCCCCUGGGGUGAAUGACCCUUUGACGCCAAACAGUGGGAACAACAGCAGCUCCCCAGUGUUCAACUUCCGUCACCCACUUCUUCCUGGGGGACAGGCGCAGUCUCCACUCUGUGGGUCUUUAGGCUCCUUGCAUCAUUCCACCUCCAUGUCCCAUGUGGAAGGCUUUGGUAAAGCAUGGACCAAGAAGCAGCUCAGCCACCCAUUAUCCCAGGCAGUCUCAUUCAGCAUCCCCUUUGGCCUGGACAGCGAUGUGGACAUUGUGAUGGGCAAUCCUGUGGGCAUCCUUCGCUCUGUCAGUUCUGAUAGCCUGGCCCCUGCCCUUUACUCCUCUUUGCCUCGCUCCCCUCGCCCACGGGCCAACGAAGUUGCUGAGACUCCCAAUGGACUAGUGACCCCAUCCCUUCAUGGGGCUGGUGGGCACAAGAGCCAAGAGGGGCUUUCCUUGGAGAAUGGGCUGACUGACGGGUAUUCAGAUCUACCCACGAUUGAGGAGGCCCUGCAAAUCAUUCACAGCAGUGAACGCCUGCUCCCCGAGGGAGCGCCUGAUGGCUUCUACUUGCACUCGCCAGAGCCACCUAAAGCCUCUGCGCCAGAGAAGGUGCCCAUGUCCACAGUCUACCGUUGUCACAAUGGACCACCUAAUGGUGGAGAGUCAACUCAGGAUGGCAGUCUGGAUUCUGAUGCUGAGGAGGCCUCACGCGCCCCAGGUGCCCCAGAUGACUCCACCUCUUGUGUGAGUUCAUUAAGCUCACAGCCUGACAGUACGGCAUCGUCAACCUCUGGCGUGCGCAUGACCAGCUUUGCAGAGCGUAAGAAGAAGUUGGCAGCAACAGACAGCAAGUCCAGUGGAAUCAGUUCCGAGGGCUCAGAGACAGGACCAGUGCCACCAGAUGAAAGCCCUGCCCAAAGCCCUGCCCUCAGCUCAGAGAUGAACCAGUUGGGUGCCCGGCUGGAGGAGAAGCGUCGUGCUAUUGAGGCUCAGAAGAAGCGCAUUGAAGCCAUCUUUACCCGGCACCGCCAGCGUUUGGGCAAGAGUGCCUUCUUACAGCUCCAAAAAGCGCCUGAUUCCCAGGCCCAGUCAGAGGACAGCCGACUCACCCUGGAGGAGCGUCUUGCCCAACUGGAGGUGGAGGAUGAGGCUGGUAGCCCACGGACUCGUCUAGAGAAUAAGCAGGUGACCUUCUCCCCUGAUAUCAUGAAGGGAGGACUUGAUGAGAACCUGGGCGAUUACAACCGGGCAGUGGCCAAACUGAACACAGCUCUGAGUUCCUUGCAGAUGGACAUGCAGCGCCUGAGUGAGCAGCAACAGCGCCUCAUGCAAGACAAGAAGCCCAGUGCCCAAGCCUGGGUGAUCCCAGCCCCAAGGCCCAGCCGAGAGGGUGCUCCACCUCGUUCCUCUGUGGAGCUGUCUUCGCCUUCGCCUUCACCAUCCCCUUCCCGCAAAUCUCGUUCACCUCAGCCCACCCCCAAGAAGUCUCCAGCUCCUGCUCCCCCCAAGAGCCCCAAGCACACUCGGCCGGUAGAGCUAAAGUUGCCACCCCUCACACGGGUUUUGACGCCUCCGCACAAUGUGGAUACCCUUCCACACCUCCGCAAAUUCUCACCCAGCCAAGUGAACGUGCAGACUCGUUCUUCGAUCCAUUUUGCUGAGGAUGAGGAACUGCCUGUACCAGAAGCAGAGGGUCAGAAUAAUCUGCGACCUGUGGCCUCAGUGCCUCCCCAGGGGGGUAAUCCCCGUGUUUCAGGUGAUGGCACCAGUGAUGUUUCCUCACCCAGUGACCGCCGGAGUAGCCUGAUUGAAAUUCCCCUGUCCAGCUUGAAAGGGGAGGAGGAAGAUGAUGUUGAUGGCGAUGACUCUCUGGAGGAAUCCAUUGCUGAGACUCUGGAUUCUGAGCCACGUUCUGGUCUCGGCUUCUUCUUCAAGGAUGAAGAGAAGCCUGAAGAUGAGAUGGCACAGAAGCGGGCCACCUUCCUAGAAAGGCAGCAGCGGCGCACUGAUGAGGCCCGGCGCAGAAAACAGUGGCAGGAGGAGGAGAAAGAGCAGAAGAAAGAGGAGGCCAGGCUGCAGGUGGAGGAGCGUCCACGACAGGAGGAGGAAGUUGGGACACGGCGUGGUGACUUCACCCGCCAGGAGUACCUACGGCGUCACCAGCUCAAGCUGAUGGAAGACCUGGACAAGGUGCUGCGGCAGAAGCCCACCACGGUGCGUGCCCUGAAGAAGGGGCGGCCCAAGACGGUCUUCUGUGAUGACUCUGCUCUUGCCCGCAGCCCAGUGAAAGGACUCCUUGGAUCCAAGCUCAGCAAGGUGUACUCCCAGUCAACUCUUUCGCUUUCAACAGUAGCCAAUGAUCCUGGUAAUUCACUUUCCAUCAAAAGAUCUUCUCGAGCUGCAUCCCCUUCAGGGCCAAUGUCCCCCAGUCGGUUGAUUUCAAACCAGAGUCGGGAGCGGGACUGGGAGAAUGCCUCCACUGCUUCCUCACCCGCUUCCAUUCCAGAAUACACUGGGCCAAAGCUGUACAAGGAGCCCAGUGCCAAGUCUAAUAAAUACAUUAUCCACAAUGCCCUGUCUCACUGCUGCCUUGCUGGCAAAGUCAAUGAGCCCCAGAAGAACCGCAUCCUGGAGGAAGUUGAGAAGAGCAAAGCCAAUCACUUCCUCAUUCUCUUCCGUGAUUCAAGCUGCCAGUUCCGCGCACUCUACACGCUCUCAGGGGAGACAGAUGAACUCACGCGCUUGGCAGGCUAUGGUCCACGAACCAUCACUUUGCCCAUGAUCGAAGGCAUCUACAAGUACAGCUCUGAUCGCAAGCGCUUUACCCAGAUUCCCAGCAAGACCAUGUCCAUGAGUGUGGAUGCCUUCACCAUCCAAGGCCAUCUCUGGCAGACCAAGAAGCCAGGCACCCCCAAGAAGCCCGGUACUCCAAAAUAACCAGCACCUGCCAAGCUUGGUGUCUACUGUCUUCUCUAUUUCUACAUGAACUUUGGGCUGCUCUUAAGUUGCCAGCCCAGUGUAGAUACAUGGGGUCUUCCAUGAUGAGUGGCUUGAGUAGACAGGGCUUCCAAGCAUGGGUGUACAUUUUGGCAUGGACCACUGCUGUCUGGCUGGAUCAGAACCAGCUGAGAACCUUUUCUAUAGUUCUGAUACCUGCACUCAGCAUGAGGCAACCAUUGACUAUCAGCAUUGGGGUGGGAGAAAGAAGGAGAGGACAGAUGCUCUGGAAACUGCCAAAUCCCAUGAUAAGCUAGCGGCUAAGAGUUGCCAUAGUGACGCUGCCCUACAUAGGGCUUGGGGGGUGGGUGUGCGCGGUCUGCCUUCCUCCGGCCACCAUCUGAAUGUCAGGCCACAGCCAGAGAAACCACAGGGCUCUUUUUCUGACUCCUACUUGCCCAGGGACAGGUCCCCAGGCCCUCCCUGGUUCUGUGGUGGAUUUCUCAUUCCCUGGCUGUCCUUGUUUAUAUUUAUACAUACUAUACAUAUAUAUAUAUUGGAGCUAUUUAAUGAUUUUUCAAUUAUUUGUAUAUAAAAAGGAGCAAAUUGCAUUUCGAACAAUGGGAUUGGGUUAAUUUGUAUAUGAGGCUGGCAUGGUGGGGUAUCACAGCAGGGUGUGUGUAUGUAUGUUUCUUCCUUCAGUAUCUUUCACUGAAUGUCUUUUCCUCUUGAACAUUUUUAGUCUCCUCCUUCUUGUGCACAAGGGCUAUUUGGAGUAGGGAUGGGGAAAGGGGUAGCUUUUUAGCAGGCAUUUUGGGAAUAAAGAGUCUGUCUUUCUGGUGAAGCCCAGCAUGCUUUAGCUGGCCACUUUGCGUUGAAUGCCUGGAAGCUGGUUGUUGAUAUAGUCCCAGAGCAGGUCUCUGUGGAUCCUAAUUUGAGUUGCCAAAAGAAAGAAGACACCUACCACUCUGGGGAACAGUGCGCCCCCAAGUUAUCUUCCUUCCCCAGAUGCUAGGCACUAGUCUGAAGCAUUGGCGCCAAGGCUAGAGACAGUGAAUGUAGGUUGCUCCUUUAAUCCCUUUUAAGAGAGAGGACAUUUUGGUUCAGAGUGCUGCUAGGUCCCAUCACCACGUCACUCAAGCCCUUCUUUCCCCCAUCCACCUCUGCUUAAUCUCAAGGCAGAGCGUGUGGUGGGGGGCACUGUCACACAGCUUGGAUUCCCUGCCCUGAUUCCGUCUUUGAUUCCUGGUCUCUCGUGGUUGCUUGUUGCUGACUGAAUGUCAUGUAGGUGUUUGGGGGGUUCAGUAUAGUGCAGGGUUGGGUUGGUGUAAAAAGCAGGUGGGGACUUUGCCCUGGCUGCUUAAUAAAGUAACUUAAAUGAG